GUUAAUUGCUUAGACACCAAAAAAUGCUUGGUACAAAAGUUUUCUCUCCAAACAUUUCGACCAAUUCAGCAUGAAGUUGUCCAAACGCAUAGUUCUAGCUCUUCUAUUCUUGAUACAUGUGUUUAACUUAACACUGGGAGCUAAAACUAAAGCCAAGAAAACGAAGAAGCCCAAAUAUUUCAUUGGUCAAGUCCCACCUGGGCAGUUCGAAUACUCGGAACUUCAUGGAGUGUACACGCCUACAGAAGCCACCCAAUUGUGCGAAGAAGACCUCCAAUGUGCUGGUUUUACUUUCAAGGGCACACCCCACGAGGAACAGAAAUAUCUCACCAACUUUUUCCAUUACAUUCCCAAGUCUGUGGAAAAACACUUGGACCAUUCUCGCCCGGAGUGGUCGACUUACCGAAACAAGCGACCUUUUUUGGCCUUUUCUGGCCUCCUUGCUGAUCCAGGCACGAACACUGAAAAUGUCGAAUCGUUUGCUAAUAUUUUAAAAUCUUCCAGUAAGACCUGGGAACAAUUCAACUGGCCGUUGAAAAUGCCAGUAUUGUCCUUCAAAUUUGGAGACGCUUCGGGUUCAGCCUAUGCUAGCCUUGAUUUGGGACAGUUGAAACUUGAGGAGAAAACCACGACCAUGACCUUUUUCGACCCUAACAGUAACCAGAUAACCGAAAACCAUCCCGUGAUAAAUCGAUGCUGUGUAUCGAGCUCAGCUGAAUCUGUUGAACAGAUGAAGAGUGUCGAUGAAGUGGACAAGCAGAGAUGUGAUAUUGAAGAUAGGCUUUUUGAAAAUGCUUUUGAAAUACAACGUCAACCGGUAUUGCUGACAGAAUGUGCUGCCACGUGUUCCAAACUGAAUUGGACACUUUCCAAUCUGAUUCGCAAUUUUGAUACCGAGGCAACUUGGUCUGCCAAGAUGGCCGGAACCCGUUCGAUUCAGGGUGACGUGGCAAAAAUUCUCGAAACCUUGUCGGUUGAAGGCACUGCUGCGUUUAAGUCCGUGUCUGGUCUUUUUAGUGGAACAGCGAUUGACAAAAUGUUAGCAUUUGUUUUGGACCACGAGGGAGCUCAAAUUGGACCAAAGACUCGAGAUCUGGCACAAACAGUGAAAGGCGAAAAGACUCAAAUGGAAUUUGUUAUGCUGUCACGAGGAGAGAUGAUAGAACGAGAAUCUGCGAAACUGGAAUCUGAUUCUAAAUUCACUCUUAUUUCUGGGAAAAUUUCCUGGUUGUUACUGCCAAUGGAUUCUUCCACCUUCAAGACCUCUUUGAGUUGUAACAAGAAAUGUUCCAGUUCUGCCGGAAAUGUACAUUUCUUUGAAACCGUUUUCCCCCAAAUCAAGACAAGAAUUUGGAACGGAAAGCGUUCUUUGGUUGUUCACCAAAGACCAGGAGAUACUUUGUAUAUUCCUAGGGAUUGGAUUUACCUCGGAGUUGGUCACGAGCCAUCCAAUUUGGUUCACGAUGAAUUCAUCUCGUUUCAAGCUUUGGCGGAUGUGGCUAAAUCCUGGCAUCAAGGAGACCUCUACAAGUUGAAAAAGGUACUAGGUUCCCACGAUAAUUACCGAAAGGAGUUCAGAAGAUUCAACGUAGCUUUGGACCAAAUCGUAAAAGGACGUAAGAAAUCUAAAAACGCUUAACGACAUAAUUGCGAAGGGUGCUUGUUGCUCUUCCUUGAACAAAUGGAGGUUUUAGUUUUGUCAUACGUGGAAGAUUUAAAUAUAAAAACAUAUUACUCAG